AUGACAAUCAAAAUCUCUAUAUUUCUUUUUCUUGCCUUUUUUACUUUUUCAAAGGCGAAAUUAGGGCCUAUGAAAGAAACCCAAAUGACGGUCUACUUCCAAGAUUACUCGGGUGGGCCCAACGCAACUGUGUUGGAGAUAACAGGACAAUCAAACGGGCUACUUAGUUUCACGAAAUUUGGAGCCAUAUUCUGCAGGGAUGAUCCAAUAACCGAGGGGUUCGAGGAAAGCUCAGCCCAAAUUGCUAGGGCCCAAGGUAUAUACGUGACGUCAGUUCUAGAUGGAUCCAACACCCACGUUUUAAUAUCGAUUAUUUUUAUCAAUGAUGAAUAUAAAGGUAGUACGCUAGAAAUACAAGGGACCAGUUCCCAGUUUGAGCAGGUGAGAGAAGUGGCAGUGGUGGGUGGCACUGGGAAAUUCCGACUAGCCCUCGGUUAUGCAACUUUUGAGACUCUUUCGUACGACUACGCUACACUACUAGUAUUUAAUUACCAAGGAAAAUUUUCUUUCUAA